CAUCUUCAAACAUCCGUGCGAACGUCCAGCGUAAAUCCCAAGCCCUUCUGCAAACCCUCCAAGACCCCUAUCUCUCUCUCUGAUUACAAUCUCGUAACGCCAAAUCAUGGACGCGUCUGCUGUUCCGGUGGCGGUACUUUCAGUCGUCGUCGGAUCAUUGAUCGCGCUCGCGUUCUUCGGGAACUACUUGCGCAAGCGAACCUCCGAAGUCCAGUCGAUCGCACCGCCGGAGGCCAUCCAGAAGCCUCUUCCUGCAAAGCCUCCUCAACAGCAUAAGAAAUCUCAGUCCAAGUCCCAUUCUCACGCCGCUUCCGAUAAGGAGGCAAACAAGCGACAUCAUCCAUUGGACUUGAAUACAUUAAAAGGUCAUGGGGAUUCUGUUACGGGGUUAUGUUUCUCCUCUGAUGGGCAUAGUUUGGCAACAGCUUGCGCUGAUGGAAUGGUCAGGGUAUUUAAGCUGGAUGACGCAUCAAGUAAAAGCUUUAAGUUCCUGAGAAUUAACUUGCCUACUGGAUCUCAUCCAAUUGGAGUUACAUUUUCUGACGAUGCAUCUUCUUUAGUGGUGGGUUCCCAUGCUCACACUGGUUCUUCUUUGUACAUGUAUGGGGAAGAAAAGCCCAAAGCUGGUGGGGAAAUGAAGCAGCAAACGAAGCCAGAAAUUAAAUGGGCGCAUCAUAAAGUGCAUGAUAAAAGCACUAUUCUCACACUUGUAGGAACUGUGGCAAUGUACGGUACUGCUGAUGGGAGUACAAUUGUUGCAUCAUGUUCAGAAGCAACUGAUAUCAUACUUUGGCAUGGGAAAACUGGGAAGAUCUUGGGCCAUGUUGACACAAAUCAGCUCAAAAACACCAUGGCCACGAUAUCUCCUAAUGGGCGUUUUAUUGCUGCUGCAGCUUUUACUGCUGAUGUGAAGAUUUGGGAGAUUGUAUAUGCAAAGGAUGGCUCAGUUAAGGAAGUUUCAAAAGCUAUGCAGCUCAAGGGGCACAAGAGUGCGGUAACUUGGCUGUGCUUCGCUCCAAAUUCCGAACAAAUCAUUACAGCAUCCAAGGAUGGUUCAAUAAGAAUUUGGAAUAUCAAUGUUCGCUAUCAUCUUGAUGAGGACCCAAAGACUUUGAAGGUGUUUCCUAUACCACUUCAUGAUUCAAGUGGGACUACAUUGUACUAUGACCGGCUUAAUAUUUCCCCUGAUGGAAAAGUACUGGCGGCCACCCAUGGUUCCACAUUGCAGUGGUUAAGUGCUGAAACUGGGCAGGUUUUGGACACAGCUGACAAAGCUCAUGAUGGUGACAUCACAGGCAUUGCCUGGGCCCCUUGUACCAUACCAGUUGGUGGAGAUAAACGGUCUUUGGUUUUAGCGACCGCCAGUGCCGACAAGAAAGUGAAGCUGUGGGCAGCUCCACCCCUUACCCCAUCAUGAAUACAUCGGCUUGUGCAUUUAACCAUUAAGUAUUGGCGGGAAGCUCUCCUCCUGUUGUCAUGUACAUGCUUCCCGAUUUCCACAGCCUCUUUAUCAGAAAGCUCAGCUCAAAACCUUUGGGACCAUUUCGAAGAGGUUAAUGCCCCUACUACUGAUCUCGGAAGCCUGAGCAGGCUGUUUACAGAAUCAAACAAUAUGGUUUGAUACCUUGAGUGUGUGCACCCGGCGACUCUAAUUUUUGUAGUUAUGACCCUAUGAUGAAUGACGGAUGGCGUUGACACAGGUUGGAUUUUGUGUUUGCCCCGUCUGAUUGAUCAUCAUUGUGCAAGAAUAAGCUUUCUAUGCCUAGUUUUCUAUGCAGUA